CCCCCCGCCCACUACCACUCAACAACACUCGCUAGCAGCCUCCAUCCUUCAUUCCUUUGCUUGCUUUUGCACUUGCAAACACCCUUUUUUCUCUUCCUGAACCAAAGGUCCCGGCCGGUCGAUAUGGCUCAGGGAAGGGGCAGUGCUCGUGCCGGCGGCAACGGCGCGGCCGUGCUGGCGCUGGUUCUCCUCUGCGUGCUCCUCCACGGCGAGUUCGCCGAGUCGGCGGUGUACACCGUCGGGGACCGCGGCGGCUGGACCCUCAACUCCGGCGGCUGGCCCAGGGGCAAGCGCUUCCGCGCCGGCGACGUGCUGCAGUUCAAGUACGGGCGUGGGGCGCACAACGUGGUGGCGGUGAACGCGGCGGGUUACAAGUCGUGCAGCGCGCCGAGGGGAGCCAAGGUGUACAGCUCCGGCAACGACAGCGUCAAGCUUUCCCGGGGCACCAACUACUUCAUCUGCAGCAUCCCCGGCCACUGCGGCGCCGGCAUGAAGAUGGCCGUCACUGCCGCCUGAUCCAUAUCGAUCGGCCGAGACUAGCUACGAGACAUUCGGUCGGCCGGUCGGCCGGCCAGCCCGGGGCUUCCUUCUUCCUUCGAGUAACUAGAAAAUUAAUUAAACAGUUCCUUGUUCAAUAAUGCCGCGCAUCUCGACCUCGAGUACGUGGGUGUUACUUAGGUCUGGCAGAAUGGUAGUACUAGGGAGAAAUAUUAUGUUUGUGUAACCUGGUUGUGACUUGUGAGGAAAAUAAAUAAAGCCAUACGGCUGCGUUGGUCCUGUUGUAUGCAUGUACCGAGUUUUGGAGUUGCUGAGGAGUAUAUUGAAGUUACACUUACUGGCAA